UUGAUGGUGGUGCCACGUUGGUCGGACAGUUGUGUCGGUUGAAAUCGAUACGAACGAACCCGUAUCACCUCAGAUUGAUACAUUCGUCGGGGUGUAAGGAUGUAAGCCUAUUUCGUUGCAACUUCAAGUUCUCGCUAUACUUUUGUCCGAUUUGUGAACGGGAACCUUAUCGCUUAUAGUUUCCUCAAACUUUCAGGUAGGCUGCCGCACCUGUUCCAAUGGAAAACAGGAUGCAGGGCGACAACAGAGAACCAGCCCCAGGGCCCGAGGCUUCCCAGUCCGAGGGCGGCCCCAGCCCCAGUGAAGAUGACAUGGCAGAGGGGGACCUGGGUGACGGGAUGGGCAACAGACCAGACUCCACUAUCAGGAAGAAGCUCCAGAGCCGGAGCAGCAGCAGGGGGCAUGCUGAGGAGCUGCUGCCCAGGACAGGGCUCCUGAAGAGGGGCAGCGAGGGAGGGGAGGCAGCCUUCAUCUGGACGUCCUGCAGUGGGCUGUACACAGUGUUCAGACAGGAGCAGGAGGUGGAGCAGGCGUCGCCGCGAUGGAGGGUCAGGGGGACGGAAUCCCUGAGUGAUCUGUCCACCGAGGAGCUGAGAGAGAGGCUACAGGAAGUGACCGGGGAGGCAGAGCUACUGCGCUGUGAGCUGGAGGUCACCAGUCGUCACCUGGAGGGAAAACACGAAGCACUGAAGAUCCUACAGGGACAGGCUAUUCUAGACAGGGCUACCUCUCACACUAAGAUUCUACUCCAGAAGAGUGAGGAGAGGACCAAGGCUCUGGAAAAGGAAGUGAAUGGCCUGCAGUGGGAGAUCACUUAUAACCAGCUGCACUUCAAGAACUUUGAGCAGUCCUGGGAGCAGAAAUAUGUCAGGGUUUGCAGUGAGAAAAAGGCCCUGAGUGACAGCCUUGGAGACAGGGUGAGGGAGGUACAGGAGCUGAGGGCAGAGAACGCUGCUGUGAGUCAGCAGUGUCUGGAGCUCCUAGCCAUGCUGAAUGUCCAGGAACAGAGAGCCUUCCAGGGGACCAAGCCUUUAUGCACCCAGGGGAGAGAGGAGGACCAAGGGACCGUGCUGGAGCUGGCUGUGUUGGGUGCGUGCCAGUGUCCCAAUGUAAGGCAGGCCUGCCCGUGUGCCAGGAGUGCUGCUGCCAGCCGAAAACAGGUUCUCCAGCUCAGACAAGAGCUGGAAUCCCAUGGCAGGAGGAGCGAGGAGGCGUUGCUGAUGGCAGACGCGUUUCGGAUCGCCUUCGAACAGCAGCUCAGGAGGCGCAGCGACCACUUCCUGCUUCUGGGCGAGACAGACAGGAACAAGCCCCGCCCACUCAGGCCAGAAGGCAAGGAUAAGAGAGCAUCUCUCAGUGUGGCUCAGAGACUUAGAGGACUGCUGCCGUCCAGCACAGAGAUCACAGACGACCCCACAGAGACUCUGCACAAACUCCUCGACCUGCUGAGUGAUAAGGAAGAAGCUCUAGCUCACCAGAGGAAGGUUAGCUUCAUGCUAGCCCGCAACACAGAGGAACUAGAGCGACGGUUGCAGACCGACUAUAUGCUGCAGACACAGGUCACACCACCCCCACACCGUUCUUCAGACACCCACACAUGCAAGUCCAACCAUGCAGGCACAGGCAGCUGCAGUUCCAACCAUGUCCAGGAGAGGGCAGGAGAGGACCAGUGUUAUGGUGGGGCAUCAUCAUCAGAAUCAGACGCCACAGACCUCCAGCCCUCCGAGAUCCAAGAGGCUGAGACUGAAGCCUCCGACCUCCAGAUACAGGGCCUCUCUCUGGGGCAGUCACCCAUCGAGAGAGAGGGAGUUGAUAAGCGAGGUGGAAGAGAGGGCCAUCUGGUCACCCUACUAUGAACUGUUUGUCAUCAGAGAGUGAUCCUGCCUGGUCUUCUUACUGCCGUGCAUUGCUUGAAGUGGAAUUAAAUGUGUGCCGGCACUCAUUCUGGGUUCCCGAUACUCAUGAUAUUUAGGUGAAAGGUAUUCAUAAUUUAUUAGAGGCAAUGUUCUUUAAGAGGUGCCGGUACUCUAGUAGAAAAUUAGAGGUGCCUGCACUCGGUUCCUCUGUGUACCAGCCCAAUUCAUGCACUGCCGCUGUGCAUCUGACUGGUCUUUCAACAGCUCUGCUCCUCUAUAGGCCUGCUUUUACCUGAAUAUAUCAGCCUCUGUGUAGACGUUGAGAUUACAUUUUAUGUUAAUAAUUCCUAGCACAUUAGAAUUUAUAGAAAGUGACUGAAUGCUUUACAUUUUGCUAAACCUCUUGCUCCGAAUAUUUCCUGAGCUCUGAUAAGAUAUUUUAAUGUAUCCACCAAUGAAAUGUUAUGAUGGUCAAAAUAAUGAAGUGAAAUUAUUUAGAGUUGUGUUGCUGUGUGUAGAAUUGUUCAAUUGUUAUUUUUUUGUCAUGCAAAUGUAAGAAAUGGAUAUGUGCCAAUGUUGAUGAAACUGAUUACACAAUGUAUUUAUACCAAAUUACAUAUAGCCUCUGCCUCCUUUCAAGCCAUUGGGCGCGUUUGAGUGGUAAGGCGAAAUCAACUGGCUGUAGACGAAAGUCGAGGAGUGAAGUCAGGGAAGUGUAUCUGCGACAGCCGAAAGUCACAAUUUACCCACAACUCACCAUGGAUUUGAUGCUCUCAAACAUGGCCCUUGACCUCUGACUGCAGUCAACUUCAUGAACUUUGAUCACAUGAUUUCUGUAAAGUUCAUGCAAUCGACAUGUAGGCACAAGUCGGACAAUUUCUAUCCCCAUAAUGCAACACACUUUGAAAGCGACAUGACAAAAUUGACCCACUCGAACGCGCCCAAUGACUGUUCAAGCUCAUAAAGCAGGAAUCUUCGUUAUGAAAUCCCACAAUCCAAUGCGACCAAACACAGACAGCAGUGAGACAAAGGAAUGUGUAGUAUCGGUGGGGAAAGCUGUGUGUUAGCUGUAUGGGUACCCAUGGUGCUGGAGAUCAGAACUGUCCGGUGAGAGAAAGGCCUAAUGUAUGCCAAAUGUAUGACCACAGAGACACAUAUUUCCCACAGAUC